AGAGCCAGCAGCCCGCCCACAGAAGUGCCCUUGGAAAGGGCGUGGACCUGCGGGCCUGGAUUCUGGGUCCCCCAGACGGUAGGAGCGGGGCAGUGGGACCCCCGGGAUCGGAAGGAAAGCAUUUGCUCCAGGAGGGCCUGGGGGCCUGGAUGUCUGGGUUCCCCACCCCUGCCCCUCCUGGGAGGAAGAGAGAGCUGGAGGCUCCGAUGGGCGGGUUGUCGUGGACUUUGCUUUUCUUUGAAAGCCGCCCACUGUCCAAGCCCCACCCCCAAUCCCCAGCAUUUCCUCUCUGAGCCGUUCACACCACCAGUCGCCCCAGUUGCCCCCGACAGGACCAAGGAACCGGACCGGACCGGAGAGCUGGAGCCCAGCAGAGCCCUGGGCAUGUGGGGCUACCUGGCCCUGCUGCCUGCCUUCCUGGCCCUCUGGGCUGCCACCAGCAUCUGGACUGUUUUCGCAAUCGCUGUGGCCAACAAGACUGUGAACCUGACGGAAGGCAUCCCCUAUAUCAGUCUCUGCGGAUCCUACCCGCCCCAGAGCUGCAUCUUCAGCCAGCUGCUCAACAUGGGAGCUGCUAUGGCCGCCUGGAUCUGCAUUCUCCGAUACCACCAGUUCCGGGACUGGGGCGUCGGGAAGUGGUCUAACCAGCUGAUCCUCUGGUCAGGGCUCCUCUGUGCCUUCGGCACCUCCGUGGUGGGCAAUUUCCAGCAAAAGAACCAGCUGGCCACGCACCUGACGGGCGCCUUCUUGGCCCUCUUCGUCGGCCAUGUCUACUUCUGGCUGCAGCUCUUUCUCUCCUGGAGGAUGAAGAGCCUGCCCCAGCCCGGGGCCCCGUGGAUCGGGCCGCUCCGCCUGCUCCUCUGCAGCCUCUGCACCGUCCUCUUGGUGACCAUGGUCAUCCUCCACACCAGCCUGCAGCGCUCCGCCGCCGCCGUCUGCGAGUGGGCCGCGGCCAUGCUGCUCUUCCUGCUCUUCGGCCUCCUGGCCGUGGACUUCUCCGGCCUGGAGGGCUGCACCCUGUGUCUCCGGCCUGGGCCCAGCCCCAGCCUGCAGCCCGCCUCCCCCAUCUCCCUGCAGACCUCACCGCCGCCGCUGGCCCAGGCGCUCUGACCCCGGCCUGGCCCUCCCGGCAGAGGACAGAGACCGAUCCCGGACUCCUCUGUGCCCCCAGAUGCAUCGCUGGGGACGAACCUUCAGGGGUGAACCGUUGGGAUGGACUUUAAAGAACUUGCCAGGCGCCGGCCAGUGUUGCUCAAUGGUUAGAGCGCCGGCCCACGGACCCAAGGGUUGCCGGUUUGAUUCCGAUCAAGGCCAUGAACCUGGGCUGCAGGUUGGAUGCCUGGCCCCGGUUGGGCGAGUGUGAGAGGCACCUGGUCGACGUGUCUCUCUCACAUCGAUGUUUCGCUCUCUCUCUCCCCGCUCCCGUCCACGCUACGUAAAAGCAAUGGAGAAAUAUCCCCGGGUGAAGACUGCCAACAACAAAAGAGAAUGUGCCAUGGCUGCCCGGCCUGGGUCCUAGUGGUGCACACGCGCCGCGGGGCCGGGCUCCGAACAGCUGCUGAGCUGGCACCUCCCUGCCCGUCCGCCCCUGCCCUGCGGCCCCGCCCCCGCCAUCGGGGCCGCCCAGGAAACGAGAGGCCAAGGCCAGCCAGCCAGCGUCCCUGAUCAAGGCUAUUUAUUGUUGUUAUUAUUAAUUUUUUUUUUUUUUUUUUGCCGCCGGCGGAAUCAGAGACACGGACGCAGGCAGGAUCACGCGAAACCAGAAUUCCUUCCGGAGAGCAAAUCCGUACAGAAGGUCGUGGGGGAGGGGGAGGGGGAGGGGAAGGGCCAGGGGAGGGGGGGCCCAGGAAGGGGGGGUUGGGGAUGACACAAGGACAGAUGGCCCUGUCCGUCCGGAUCUGCUAAGCCACCCCAACCAGCCCCCGUCCCUCCCCCGCCCCAUCCCGCAGAGAGGUUGAUCAAUAAAUAAA